AUGAAUUCUACUAACCGAAAGAUUGCUGAUGCUUGCAUCGAGAAAGGCAUUCGGUUCAUCCCCUUCAGAAAUGAACAGCAAGCGUCUUUAGCAGCUUCAGUAUACGGAUAUUUAACCAGCAAGCCAGGGGUUUUGCUGACUGUUGGAGGGCCAGGGAUUGUCAAUGCUCUGGCUGGCGUGUACAAUGCGAACUCCAACAAAUGGCCCCUCAUGGUUUUGGCCGGAUCAACUAAAAUAUCCCUAACAGGAAAAGGCGGAUUUCAGGAAUUGGACCAGGUCAGUCUGAUGAAGCCAUGGGCUAAAAGUAGCUUUCGCACAGUUCUAAGCAGCCAAAUACCGCAGUACCUGGAGAAAGCAUAUUGGUCCUCCAUAGCAGAUGUUCCAGGGACAACUUACGUUGACUUGCCGGACGACCUUAUCAAUCAAGAAUGCUACGAAAAUGUUCGAGUGAUGAAAUUCGAUUUUUCAUUACUCUGGACUGCAACUCCUGAACUAAGAAAAAUAAAAAGGGCAAGCAAACUCCUGAAAGACGCCAGGUUUCCACUGCUGAUAAUUGGAAAGGGAGCAGCAAAUGCGGCACACACACUCAGACAGUUUGUCGCAACCCACCAAAUCGCGUUUCUCCCAACUCCAAUGGGAAAAGGAAUCAUUCCGGAUGCUUCCAACUGCAACGUAUCCUCUGCAAGGUCUUUGGUUUUAAAGCAUGCAGACGUGGUGCUAGUGGCAGGUGCCAGGUUGAACUGGAUUCUCCAUUUUGGGGAACCUCCAAAAUUCAACAAAGAUGUCAAAAUCAUUCAAAUUGACACUGACGCUAGCGAGAUCGCACGUAGCGUGGGUACUCUGGAGCUGGGAGUUCUCGGAGACGUGGGGCACACAAUCAACCAUCUCAGCGAUCAAUUGAAAGGACACCAAUUUCCAGCGCUUCCAAAGAUGGUCACAGAGCUCAUUGAAAAAAGAGAACAAGCGUUGCGGCAACAGGAGGAAAUUGUCAAUGAUGAUCUAAUGCCUAGUCACACCCAAGCACUGGCCGCCAUAAGGAAACACAUUCCGCCUGAUGCGAACAUCGUGGCUGAGGGCGCUCGUACAAUGGAUCUGUCCCGACAGAGUUUGUAUCUCUGCGAGCCUCGCCAGAGGUUAGAUGCAGGGACCAAUGGCACAAUGGGAAUUGGUUUGGCAUAUGCAGUGACAGCCAAACUGACUAGGAAAAAUAAGCCGUUGAUUGUUAUACAAGGAGACUCUGCAUUCGGAUUCUCGGCUAUGGAGAUUGAAACCCUGGUGCGAGAACGACUUCCCUGUCUGAUAAUAGUGCUCAACAAUUCUGGAAUAUACAAUGGAGUUGAAAACCCGCGUGAGUACGUUCCAUACACCAGAAAACCGCUUCCUUCAACGGCUUUGACUUUUGGGGUUCGGUACGAAAAGAUCGGCUGGUCAUUGGGCGGGACCGGCUAUUUCGUGGAGAAAUGCAAGGAGCUGGAUGACGUUUUGGAAAAAGGGGUGGAAGAUAUGAUGAGCGGAAAAAUUGUUUUAAUCAACGUGUUGGUGAAACCACACGCAAAGCUAUAG